AUGGAUAUCCACAUGCAAGAAAAUCAGACCGGGAUCCGGUUCAGUUGGAACUUAUGGCCUCCGACGAAGAAUGAGGCAGCGAAAAUAGAGGUGCCCCUGGGGUGCCUCUACACGGUCCUGAAGAGAACGGAUGACAACAGCGUGAAGCUAGUGGAAUAUGAGCCACUUAAGUGCAAAACGAGCAACUGCAUCUUGAAUCCGUACUGCAAUAUAGAUUUUAGGAAUAAAACGUGGACGUGCCCCUUUUCGAAUAUAAAGAAUCCGUUCCCGAUGCACUACGCGGAGCACAUCUCGGAGAAGAACCUCCCCGCCGACGUGAUGUACUCCAACAUUGAGUACAUACAGCCGUCCAACGUGGGAGACAUCCCGCCGCCGACGUUCCUCUUCGUCAUCGACACGUGUCUCCUGGAGGAAGAGCUGGAGCAGCUGAAGGAUUCCAUUCAGCAAUGCAUAAGUUUGAUGCCACCAGAUGCGCACAUCGGAAUAAUUACCUUUGGAAAUAUGUGCUAUGUGCACGAAAUAGGGUUCAAGGAUUGUCUCAAGUCUUAUGUCUUCAAGGGGACCAAGGACAUCACCGCACAAGACCUACAAAAACAGUUAAACUUGGGCACACGAAAUGAUCCCAGGAGCUCCACCACCUCCGCAUCAGCAAGAAGGUUUCUCCAACCAGUUAGUGAAUGCGAGUACAACAUUAACAUGUUGUUGGAGGAUAUACAGAAGGAUAAUUGGCCUACUCCUCCAGAUCAGAGAGCAAAGAGGUGUACAGGGGUAGCGCUCAGUGUAGCAAUAGGACUCUUAGAAUGCUGCUGCAAUCAGUUGAGUGGCAGAGUCAUGAUGUUCAUAGGAGGAGCAGAUACAACCUCUCCAGGAAAAAUUGUAGAUACUCCAUUGAGUGAAUCUUUAAGACAUCACCUAGAUUUGCAGAAAGAGAAUAACAACGCUAGGCAUGUGAAGAAGGCGUUAAAGUAUUAUGUGUCUUUGGCAAACAGAGCUGUGGCAUCCGGUCACGCGAUUGAUAUUUUUGCAUGCUCAUUAGAUCAGAUCGGAUUGUAUGAGAUGAAAGUAUGCUGUGAAAAGACAAACGGGUUUAUGGUAAUGGCCGAUUCGUUUUCUAUGAAUGUCUUUAAGGACUCCUUUAAAAAGAUUUUCGAGACAGAUUCGAAUGGGUAUAUAAAACAUGGCUACAAUGCAAAGCUAACGAUCAUAUGUUCGAAGGAAUUUCGAGUCUGUGGUGCCAUCGGUGCUUGCUCAAGCAACCGGAAAGUCGCUAAUUAUGUCUCGGAUACCUGUGUAGGGGAAGGGGGCACCUGUGAAUGGACCAUAUGUGCCUUAGACAGACAGUCUACGAUAGCCUUCUACUUUGAGAUUGUAAAUCAGAAUAUUUCUUCCCUUCCUCCAGACAGACAAGCCUACUUACAGUUCCAGACCCUUUAUCAGCAUCCGAGUGGGAGGAGACGAUUGCGAGUGACCACUAUCUCUUACCGCUUCGCAGAAGCCAACAUUGCAGAGAUAUCUCAAGGGUUUGACCAAGAGACGGCUGCUGUGAUUAUGGCUCGAUUUGCGGUUCUAAAAGCCGAGACGGAUGAACCCAUAGAUGUGUUAAGAUGGCUAGACAGGAAGCUUAUAAGAUUGGUCAGCACAUUUGCCGAUUAUCAGAAGGAUGAUGUGAAUUCAUUUCAUCUAUCUCCGGAGUUCUCUAUUUACCCCCAAUUUAUGUAUCACUUGAGGAGGUCCCAUUUUCUGCAGACAUUUAAUGCUAGUCCAGAUGAAACUGCAUACUACCGAUCGAUACUUCUCCGAGAAAAUGCAAUGAAUUCUCUUAUCAUGAUACAGCCCGCCUUGCUGCAAUAUUCUUUCGAAUCGCAUACCCCCGUACCUGUCCUUCUCGACGCUCAGUCGCUGAAAGCUAAUGUGAUCCUCCUCCUAGAUUCCUAUUUCCACAUCGUCGUAUGGUACGGCGAAAUGAUAUAUCAGUGGAGAGAACAGGGAUUUCACGAGAAGCCAGAGUAUGAACACUUUAGUCAGUUAUUGAACGCUCCUCAUGAAGAUGCCAAAUCCAUUUUGGAGGAUCGGUUCCCUAUCCCUAAAUUUGUUCUCUGUAACAGUGGCGGCAGUCAGAGUCGCUUUCUCCUCGCCAAAGUGAACCCGUCUACAACGCACAACUCGCUCAGUGGCAGCACCUUCGGCACGUCAAACAGUGAGUCUUACAUUAUCAACACGGACGAUGUGUCACUCAAGAUAUUUAUGGACCACUUGGUGAAGCUCGCCGUGCAGACGUGA